GGAUGAAGCUGGGUCCACGCGCUUGUUUGAUGACUGGGACCGUCCAUCUAUAUAAGAGGCCAUCUCUGAUAGAUGAAAUGCAUUAGACAACGUAAUGGCUUCCUUCACUGAAAGUGGCUGCCUUUCCAAGCUUGCUACAAUGCUUCUUAUUGGAGCACUGAUGGGGAACUUUGAAAUAGCAGGUGCACAAUCCAUUGGCAUAUGUUAUGGAAUGCAGGGUGAUAACUUACCUUCAAAACCUGAUGUAAUUCAACUUUAUAAAUCUAACAACAUCCAACGGAUGAGAAUCUACGAUCCAGAUCAAGAAGCACUCCAGGCCCUUAGGGGGUCCGACAUCGAGGUCAUCGUGGGCGUCCCCAACGACCAGCUGCAAAAUAUGGCAGAUCCAACGGCUGCAAACGACUGGGUCCAGGCUAACAUAGUAACCUACCGUUCUGAUGUCAAAUUCCGAUACAUUAAUGUUGGUAAUGAGGUAUUCCCUGAUCCAGCGACGCAAAGCUAUGAUCGUGCAUCUCAGGUGCUUCCAGCCAUGAGAAACAUCUACAACGCAAUCCAAUCGGUGGGCCUACAAGAUCAGAUCAAAGUAUCCACAGCCGUCUAUUCAUCCGUCCUUGGAAAAUCCUACCCUCCAUCCGAGACUACCUUCAACGGUGAUGCGGCCCAGUACAUGGGGCCCAUCGUUAAUUUUCUAGUGGAAACAGGGGCCCCACUCCUAGCUAAUGUAUACCCCUACUUCAGUAAGAAAUUCGGCCCUGAUAUCGACCUUUCCUAUGCUUUGUUUACAUCCACAGCCGUUAAUUCGGAGGGGUACCGAAACCUUUUUGAUGCUAUGGUGGAUGCACUCUACGCUGCUGUAGAGAAAGUAGGUGGUUCAUCUGUUAAGAUCGUGGUAUCGGAGAGCGGCUGGCCGUCCGCUGGGUCGGACUUGGCUACCAAGGAAAAUGCUCAGACGUACAAUCAAAAUCUGAUCGGCCACGUGGCACAAGGUACACCGAAGAGGCCUGGGCCCAUUGAGACUUAUGUGUUUGCUAUGUUCAAUGAAAAUAAAAAGCAUGGUGAAGAGGAGGAAAGGAACUUUGGGCUGUUUAACCCAGAUAAAAGCCCUGUGUACCCUAUCAGCUUCAAUUAGUGGGCCACUUGGAAGAUC